AAUUUUUCAGUUGUGCUGAUCGGCGAUUCUGGUGUAGGAAAAUCUAAUCUGUUAUCCCGGUUCACUCGUAACGAAUUCAAUCUCGAGUCGAAAUCCACUAUUGGAGUUGAAUUCGCAACUCGUAGUAUUCAGGUUGAGGGAAAGACGGUGAAAGCGCAAAUCUGGGAUACUGCGGGUCAGGAACGGUACAGAGCCAUCACAUCUGCAUACUAUCGUGGUGCUGUUGGAGCACUGCUAGUUUAUGACAUUGCGAAACAUGUAACAUAUGAGAAUGUUGAGCGUUGGCUUAAAGAGCUUCGUGACCAUGCUGAUCAAAAUAUCGUGAUCAUGUUGGUUGGAAACAAGAGCGACUUACGCCAUCUAAGAGCCGUCCCAACUGACGAGGCAAAAAUGUAUGCUGAAAAGAAUCAGCUGUCCUUUAUCGAAACAUCUGCCCUUGAUAGCACAAAUGUAGAAGCGGCGUUCACGAAUAUUCUCACGGAAAUUUACAAAAGUGUAUCGAACAAGCACGUCGGGUCUGAUCGUAUGGUGCCGUUACCUUCAUCUGGUGUCGACAUCACGUCAUCAACCAACGAAAGCCAGAAGAAGCAGUGUUGUUCGUCGUGA